AUGAUCAGAGUGGUGAGGGAGAUGGCGACUGGCAAGACAUGGGCGUGCAAGAGCAUUGGCAAGGAGCAGAUUCAGAGCAAGAGGGCGUUGGCGGCAAUGAGGAGAGAAGUGAUGGUGAUGCAGCUGCUGAAGGGGCAUCCUCAUGUGGUGGAGAUGAAAGAGACCUUGGAGGAUGACACGCACGUGCACAUAAUCAUGGAGCUGUGUCGCGGCGGGGACCUGUUUGACCGCAUCAAGCAGCGGCGGCGCUACGAGGAGGGGCCGGCAGCCGCUGUGGUGCAGCAGCUGGCGGUGGUGCUGCGGGCGUGCCACUCCCUGGGGGUCAUGCACCGCGAUGUCAAGCCCGAGAACCUGCUGCUCACCUCGCCCCAUGAUGACGUCGCUCUCAAGGUCACUGACUUUGGCAUCGCGGCGCCCAUCCGAUCAGGCGCGAAGCUAACGGAGUUCAUAGGGUCGCACAUGUACAUGGCGCCAGAAGUGAUCAACAAAAGCUACAGUGCCGAGGCCGACAUCUGGUCGGCGGGAGUCGUCCUAUACAUCCUUCUGGCUGGCGUGCCGCCCUUCUGGGCGUCCACAGAAUCCGGAGUGCUGGAUGCAAUCGUAUCCAAGCCACUCAACUUCUCCUUCCCUCCGUGGCCGUCCAUUUCCAAAGAGGCCAAGGACCUUAUAAAAGAGAUGCUUAAGAAAAACCCGGCGGAGAGAAUCACACUGGAUGCUGUGCUUGGUAAGUGCACCUUUCACGAAGCACCUUAA